GGGAAUGGUAUUGUACCUAAUGUGUUUGAUGUGCCAGUUGCUUCACUUUUAUGAUUCUCUCAAGCUAGACUUAUAUGCCUGAGGCCCUAGCAUUUUAUUAGUCUCUCUCUAUCUAUCAAACCAAACUAGAUACCCCUACCCCCCCAACCCAUACCCCAAGCUUGAGAAAAUGAAGCGUAAAUUACUUGCAUGGUUGCUGUUGAUGAUCCUGUCUAGCUUGGCUAUCACAAAUGGCUCUUUCCAAUUGGAACAUUGUCAAGGUGAUGUUGGCCUCUCAAGGCUGCAAGGACAAGAAACUAUUCAUGGUGUACCGGGCACAGUGAGACUGAAUAGAUCAGAAGAAGAUGAUGGAAGCGGAAGCAGCAAAGAACAAGGAGAUUUAUUGGUUGCUUCAGAAAAGGGACAAAAAGGGAAAACAGGAGUUUAUGGUGGUGGAAAUUCUUCUCAUCGCCCGAAAAGUAGUGCAACACCCAGCCCUUAUCUCAUGGCCAAAACCAUGUUGCACGUAAUCUUCAGUUCGGUUCUGAUUCAUUCCUUCAAAUUACUCUAACAUGUUCCGAUCGAUUCGAAACACAGUCAUAUAUUCAGUGUGUGGUGUUUUAAU